AUGGCUCUAGAAGCUACUAUAGGUUUGCCCCAUAAGUCAACUCUCAUCCAAUAUGUGGAUGAUCUCCUACUAGCCUCAGAAUCUGAGGCAAACUGUCGCACUGAAAACCUCUGCUCCAUUUCCUGGCAGAGAAAGAACAUAAAGCAUCACCAAACAAGCUCCAAUAUCUCAACAAGAGAUAUAUUGUUCGACCAUUGCAUUCAAACGUUCCGCUACUCCAUUUGUGCUCAGAUGAAAAGCCGAGCGGAGUCCUUGCGUGGAUCUAAUGGAUCUCAAGAACUGCCUCCAGAAUUGGGCGGUGAACUGGACUCUUCUGUCAGAGAUGAUGCUCCAGGGUACUCCAUGGAGCCUGAAAUAUUGCGUAUGAUUUUCAUGAGAGUUUUACAAAGUGUUUAUGGGAUCCGUGUGGAACAUUUUUACUCGAUGCCAAUGACAUUUGAAACAGCAUAUCCUCAGAUUUUUGAAGAAUUUCUACCCAUAGGAAAUCUAUUUGUUAAUAUGGCGCGGUUUCUCCCCAUCUGUCGUGUCAAUGACUUCCAGUUUGCAGACAUUGUACAUCCAAAAGGAAACAGGACAGCUCGGUUUUUGAGUGGUAUUCUUAAUUUUCUAUUCUUCUGUGACUCACGGCGCGAAAUCUACUUGGAAAUCCAGAGUGUACAUAAAACAGCAAUGGAGAAAGAGCAACAACUUCAGGUGGCAAUCCAGAAUGCAACACUGAAGCUGGAAAAGAUGGAUAUUGUUCCUGCAGACCAAGAAGUAGAGUUCAAGGAGCUGUCUCAAGAAAUUCAAGAACUACAGCAUAAACUUAACCAAGAAUAUCGGCAAAAAACAAAUGUUUUGCAAGAAAUGAUCCACCAAAAAAGAAUGGAAAUUGCAGAAAAAAAUCAGAAUUUAAAUGAUCUGAAAAUGGAAGCUUGUUAUCUAAAACAAGAACAAGAGCAACUGAAGUCCAGGAUUACAGAGUCUCCAGAGAAACUCACUAAUUGCAGGGAACGGAUGAAGCAGACACAGCAGAAGAUUAAAAAAGACAAGCAAGAAGUAAUCGAGAAGUAUGAGUCUUAUAGAGACUUGGUAGAGAUGUUUCCAUCGUGUCAACAGGAGGUCCAAUUUUACAGAAAGAAAAUGCAAACACAAGGAGCAAAUAUGGAUAAACUAUCAAAUAUAUUGGCCCAGAUCAGAACGUUAGAGGACCAGAUUGAGAAUAGCAAAAGUGGAUUCAAGAAUGCUAAGACGGAAGAAAUGUCAUUGAAGAGAAUAGUCACAGUGAAACAUGAAAAACUUGCUGCUGUUGAAAUCAAACUUAAAAACAUAUAUGAGAAUGCUGAGCUGCAGAAACAGGCAAUAACUGAAUGCUGCAAUAAAUUUCAAGAGAAGAGAGGAGCUGUCUGUGAAAAACUGACAGCAACAGACACAGAAAUCAUGCAACUCAAAGGUGCCAUUCAACAGCUCAGUGACAAUGUUGAGAAAGAGAAGGUGAAAGAGAAGGAGAUCUACCUCAGCUUGAGGAUUGGCUUGGAGAAAUAUCAUGAAAAUCUGGCCAAGACAGUGAACAGCUACAUCUCAUCCAGAGAAGACAAAAUUGCUCAGUUAACUGGACUUUUUUGA